AUGGUUGAAAUUGAGAUGGAAGCUGACGUUGAGACCUUCGCAUUCCAGGCGGAGAUCAACCAGCUUCUGAGUUUGAUCAUCAACACUUUCUACAGCAACAAAGAGAUUUUCCUCCGCGAGCUCAUCAGCAAUGCCUCUGAUGCAUUGGACAAGAUCCGAUUCGAGAGCUUGACUGAUCCCAGCAAGCUCGAGUCUCAACCCGAACUAUGCAUCCGGAUCAUCCCAGACAAGGUCAACAAAACCCUCACCAUCUUCGACACCGGCGUUGGCAUGACCAAAGCAGAAUUGGUGAACAAUUUGGGGACGAUUGCGAGGUCCGGGACCAAGGAGUUUAUGGAGGCUUUGCAGGUCGGGGCUGACGUGAGCAUGAUCGGGCAGUUCGGCGUGGGAUUCUACUCUGCUUAUUUGGUGGCUGAGAAGGUCAUUGUUGUGACUAAGCACAAUGAUGAUGAUCAAUAUGUGUGGGAGUCUCAGGCUGGUGGGUCUUUUACUGUUACUAGGGAUGUUAAUGGAGAGCCACUUGGUAGAGGGACCAAGGUGAUUUUGUAUCUCAAGGAAGACCAGCUCGAUUUCUUGGACGAGAGGAAGCUCAAGGAGCUUGUGAAGAAGCAUUCCGAGUUUAUAAGCUACCCGAUUUACCUAUGGGUGAAGAAGACCGUGGAGAAAGAGAUUAGUGAUGAUGAAGAUGAUGCAGGGGAAGCCAAGAAUACAGAGGAGGCCGAAGAAGAAGAAGGUGAUGGAGGUGGUACAUGA